AUGCGUCUCCACCUUGUUAUCUCGCGCCACGGCUUGCCGGUGACGCGAAUUCUCUGGACGACCUCGGCAUCAUCUUCAGGAGAAUACGGUGCUCGUCAUCCCGCGCCGACAGCCGCUGUCGCAUCAUCUCGGAACCCGAACGCCGCCUUCUCCAAUGGCGGGUACACAGUCGCACAGCUCCUCGAGGAUGUGAAUGAAGUUGUGCCACUAGAGACUGAACCACAUGUAUUUGAUGAGGAACUAAGCGGUCAGUGGGGGUUGGAAGAUUAUGUGGUCGAAGUAGCUGGCUCUGAAUGCUUGCAUUUCAUGGAAGUUGAUGGUUUGCUUCGAGAUGGCGAUGAAGUUGUGUAUGUCUGCGAAUUACAUCUCACUACACAGUCACAGAUCGCUAACUUGCUCGCAUAUAGGAUUCGAGCUCUCCAGCUUGCAGACCUUCGGACCAGGCGACUUUGUGGUCGCCACCAGAUUACGUCUGAGGGCAAGCAUUUGAUUGACGGCGUUCCUUUUGGCUCGCCUUUCUUGAAAAGAUCUACUACAACACGACCGGCGAUCACUAUUCCACCCCGAAAGAAGCGGCGAACUGUCUUCUCGGGCUGGGAGCACGGUCCAGAUUUCCCGGGUGAAGGUGCUGCCCUCGAUGACACCGCCGAUGACGAAGGUGACGGAGAUUGGGCACCUCCUCCACAAACUGGAUUUGGUAAAGAGCUCUCUAUCAUGCCACUCGAGCAUGAAGAGUCCAUGGGAACGGUCAUUCGUCAUCCUAUUGAACACCUGGCGGCGUCUGAAAGUGAAGAAGAUCUGUCGGAUGUGGAUGAAAACGAAGAUGAAGAUGAAAACGAAUUGGAAAGUGAACUUCAAGCACUGAAGGAAGACUUCGAGGAAUCAUCUCAAUUUGUUGACAUCAGAAACCAAACCCGCAACGCCAGCGGACAUGCACUACGUGCCACCUCUGUGUCUAAACGACCAACUUCUAAAGGAUCAAUCGCGGCCGCCUCGACCAACUCCUCCAGCAAAAGGUCUAGGGGAGAUGACUUGUCGUCACCAAGAAUCUCGAAGGCUGUGAGAUUCAACAAAGGGGAUGAGGGUGUUCCUGAAGCCCCCCAAGCCAAGGAAAGCGCCGCAGAACCAAAAUUGUCUGACCCAGAGUCUGUUGCUUCUUCGGACAGUGACUCUUCCUCUGACAACGACUCGGAUUCGGACUCUGACUCCAGCGACGAUGACGAUAACAAUGAUGAUGCUUCAUCAAGCGAAGUGGAACCGGCGAAGGAAGUUGUUGAACUUAGCUCCGAGUCCUCUUCUGAUUCUUCUUCGAGUUCUGAUAGCUCCGAUUCGUCGGAUUCGGAAUCUGAAGACGAGGCCCCGCCUGCUCCCAAGGCUCAGCCGCCGCCUGUAAUUAGUGCGCCUGGCGAGGGGUCAAUUCGCACCAAGAAGAGCAAUAAUCGUCUCAAGCUGCGCCGUCGUCUUUCCAAAUUGAAGGCACUUGGCGCUCUGCCAGAUGAAGCGGAUUUUGAUGCACUACGUUCGUGGGAAAAUUCAAGCGGCGGCUGGUUCAAUCCUGAACAGUCUUUGAUUUCUGAAGCACCUGCGAAACCUGUCCCUGAAGAAUCAUCUGCAAAGUCUGCAAAGCAGCUCAAGAAAGAGCAAAAAGAGCAGGAACAGAAAGAAUUUGAGGCCAAACGUCAGAAGCUUCUUCGUGACCUCGCAUCAGGUAAUGGCGUUGACGUGGACCAAACAUCAGAGAAGGAGAAUGUUCCACCUCUUGCGUCUGCUGCAGAGGCUCCAACGUCGGAUCAAGUCUCCACUGGAGAGAAACCAGAAGAGGAGUCUUCAAAAGAAGCCGCGCACAGGCGGACUCUGGAUGUCGCGAGCUCGAGGCGCAUGCUAUUUGGCUCUCUUGGAAUGCGAACCCCGAAAACUAAAGAGGAGGAGGAGGAAACUCGGCAAAAACUGGCCGCCAAAGCCAGUGCAAGUGCACGCCCGCAGCGCCCCUCGCAGGUCUUCCAGGAAAAUGCGGAUCAAAUGGACGAGGAUGAUGACGAUAAUGAGUAUGAGGGCGAUUGGAUGAAUAAGCUUGUUGUCCAUGCUGUUGAGUGUGUCUAUUCCGAUGUUACGAUGACUGCUCCGCCUUAUCCAUUCGUCCAGCGCUGGGAUAAGGAAGCAAAUGCCUCGAUUCGCGAGCAGAAAGGGCCUACCAAAAAGCGAAAGAGAAAGCAGCGCAUCCAGGUCUACAACAAUGAGGAAGAAUAUGAUGAGAACGGAAAUUGGUACGGCGACGACUAUUACCAAGAGGACGACCAGGGUUACCAUGACGGCACGGCCGAUGAUUAUUAUCAAGGACACUAUGGUGGCGAAGCUCAAGGUGAUUACCAGCUCAACUAUGACGAGGGCCCUGAGCCUGAGCCAAGUGCGGCCUCUGAUGAUCUCCCCUUUCCCCCAAGUGACAUGAGCACUGUUCCCGUUCUGAGUCAAAGUGACGUGAAAGUUGGAGCAAUCAUUGUCUUCCGCCAGCUAGACAUGUCCAAGGCCACGAACUGGCAGCCUCAGAUGUCUGGUUAUCGGGUGGCUGAAGUGCGUUCUAUCAAAGGGCAGGGGGUAAUCAAUGUGCUCCUGGCUAAACGAGACCGAAAGCAACCUCAGGCAGAUGAGGAUAAUGAGCUUCGCCAGUUCAGCAAGUUUGAGGUUCCAGACCUUGCGAAUGAGGAGGAAGAAGACGAUGGCUACCGUGAGCUUGCCUUUGCAGAAUUGAGCGAUCCGAAGCUCCUGCGUCCCUCUUCAUCGGGAGGAGAUGAAAAGACCCCAGAAGGUAGCAUUGUCUCUGUAGUCCAAGAAUCCGUACCGAAUGCUGAAUUGGCGCCCGAAAUGGACCUUGAUGAAACCACUUUCGUCACUAUUGGGAACGAAGUCAGCCGUCUUGACUCACCUCGCGAAUCCGCAGAUGCCCCUGGUGAAUCUCAGCAAACACCGGGGGAGCUGCCACAGAUUCAAGUCCAAGCAGGGUCUAAUCCACGUAGCGUGACGCCGCCCAUCCCAUCCCCUUCUUUCACUGGAUUCCAUUCCGCCCGAUCCUGGCAACAAGAGACUCCAGGCCUCGAUGGCAAUCUCGAGGGUCGCACCCUUGUCGGGGGCGAAACUCCGUCCGCCAGGAUAAAUCGCGAUGAAGGACCUUUCAUGCUGUCCUACACUUCAGCUAAUCAAUCUUUUGAUGACACUCCCCAUGAUACCCCCGAUCAACCUGAGCGCCAAGUCGUUGAAACACUUGUUCCGCCUGGCGAGAGUGGCCCAGCUUCUGCCUCACUUCUUUCUACGAUUGAAACCACCGGCGGCAUGCCAAGCUCGCAGAACGUCAAGAAAGAGAGUAUCAAGAACGAGCCUCCACGCAGCUCUGCAGAGUCAUGGGCAGCUAUGCUUGAGAGACUUCGAGGCGGGCCGUCCGAGAUUGAUGAGCUGUUGAGCAUCAGCGACACAGACAUUUCUGGGGAGCCCUUUGGGCCCAAAUCGCCCUCCAAGUCACCCAAGCUACCAAAAAAUACUCAAAAUGGCACUUCCGACUCAGCUGAUCCAACGCACCUCCUCGACUUCUUCUCCCCGGCUGGCUCCAGCCGCCCCAAACAGUCCCAGUCAGCGCGUGAAUCUGCCUCCAGUCGCAUUCCCGAGUCCGAACCCUCCGCCUCCCAGAUUCCCGGCUCGCAAAUGUCCGAGAUCAUUGAUCUCACCUCCAGCCCAGCUGGAUCCCCUGCUCCAGAGCCCAAGACUACCCCCUCGCAGCGCAGGAAAUCUUCGCGCUCUGGGCAGAAACAGGAUCCUCCCCAGUCGCGGCGAUCGCGUGCUUCCACUGGGGGUUCUCGGCCCGCUGUGGUGGUGACCAACAGUCCUGCGCAAUCUCAGAAGAAGAGACGUACAUCGAGGAUGUUCUAA